CUUUGAACGCUGAGUGCAGUUUGAUGUCUUGUUUUUGCUAUUAUCGUGCGGUUUUUAUUAAACACAUUAUAUUUACCAAGGAAGUCCUGACAGUUCACCAAUGUCGGACUCCCAGCCCACAGUUUUACUCAACAGUGGAACCCGAAUGCCCCUCUUGGGGCUUGGCACGUACCGGUUACGAGGUCCAGAGGACACUUACCGAACUGUCGAUGCUGCCCUAGCGACCGGUUACAGAGCCUUUGACACGGCUGCAGUAUACCGUAACGAGGCAGACAUUGGGCGGGCCCUUCGCGAGCUACUGCCCAAGCACGGACUUUCACGGGUAGACGUGUUUAUCACGAGUAAGUUGGGACCACGUGAUCAGGGCCCCAGGGCAAGAGAGGGUUGCCAGAGGAGCUUGGAUCAGUUAGGUGUGGACUAUAUUGACCUCUAUCUAAUUCACUGGCCAGGCACACAGGGUUUGGAUGUCAGGGACGGGCGUAACCCUGGCAACCGCUCGCAAAGCUGGGCAACCCUGGAGGACUUUUACACGGACGGAAAAUUUCGGGCUAUCGGGGUGUCAAACUACACGGUGGAACACAUGCAAGACCUUCUGAAGAGGUGUAAGAUGACUCCAGCUGUUCUCCAGGUGGAGUUUCACCCCAAACUAUGUCAGAGAGACCUAAGAUCUUUGUGUGCAGAGACGGGAGUGUGUUUCCAGGCCUACUCCUCUCUGGGCACGGGGGUGCUGCUUUCGGACCCCGCGGUUCAGGCAGUGGCCGAGCGGUGCGGGCGGACGCCUGCUCAGGUGCUGCUGAAAUGGGCCGUGCAGCAGGGGGUUCCGGUCUUGCCCAAAUCGUGCAAGCCCAGCAGGGUGGAGGAGAACGGGCGUCUCUUUGACUUUGAACUGAGUGAGGAGGAUAUGGAGAAACUUUCUGCCUUAGACAGUGGGGAGAAGUUUUGCUGGGACCCUUCAUCUGUAGCAUAGAGAAAUGAAAUGACCCCUAUUUACCUUUAACCGAGUCACCGGACGUUAAGGGACUCCAAACUGUUUAAAUGCCAAACUGUGGUAACCCGUGGUAACCUGCAUGUCUGAGUGCCUCGGUCCUGCUCACAUGCGUUUUAUAGGCCGGCUGUGC